CUUUAUCUUUUAUCCCCUUAAUCCCCACCUUCUUCUUCUCUCUCUCUCUCUUCUGUCGGUCACACUCAACUUUCUUUCUCUCUCUAGAACCUUUUCAUUUGAAUUCAAACUAAAUUUCGAAAUCACUCAGAACCCUCUUCCCCUGUUCCUCUAAGCUUCUUAAUCCCACAACCCCAUCACCAUAAUAACAAUCAUCAUCAAAAUUAUGCACUCAAAAGUCAACAUGACUCACUUGAAGUCAAACCCCCAUCAAAUUUCAACUCAAUUCGACUGUUAGAGACUCAAAGGUACGAGCUUUUGUCAAGAUUUUGAUAUUUGAAGCUGCUGAUUAAGUUUCAGAAACGAAUGUGAUCUGGGUAUGAUUAAAGGUUGAAUCUUUGAUUAAUUGGGGGUUAAAAUUAGGGUUUUUCGUUUUCAAAUUAGGGUUUUUUUUUAUUUUUUUUUUUAUUUUGGAAUUAUGAUUAAGCAAAUAUUGAAUAAGCUUCCUAGGAAAUCAUCUUCUAAAUCAGUUCAUAAUGAUGAAAGAAGCAAUGAAUUGGAUUCUGCUGUUGUGAAUUCAACUGGUGUGAGUGAUAAAGUUUCAAAAUUGAGUUUGACUGUUAAGUCAAAGUCAAAGUCAAAUGUUGACUCAGUUCCUGCUUCUUAUGAAGCAUUACCGAGUUUUCGAAUAGUGUCGAGUUCCGAAAAACACAACUUGUUCAUCAAGAAGUUGAACAUGUGUUGUGUGGUGUUCGAUUUUAACGAACCCGAAAAGAAUGUUAAAGAGAAAGACGUGAAGAAACAGACGUUGCUCGAGCUCGUUGAUUACGUGUCGUCGGUUAAUUCGAAGUUCAACGAGGUUACGAUACAGGAGAUAACGAAAAUGGUGGCUGCGAAUCUGUUCCGGGCUCUACCGAAUUUGAACCACGAAAACAAAGCCGUGGAUUUGUACGAUCAAGAAGACGACGAGUUUUUUAUGGACCCGUCGUGGCCGCAUCUUCAAAUCGUGUACGAGUUUCUUCUUCGGUUUGUGGCGUCACCCGAAACGAAUGCGAAGCUUGCUAAACGGUACGUCGAUCAUUCGUUCGUGUUGAGGUUGCUUGAUCUGUUUGAUUCGGAAGAUCAACGAGAACGCGAGUAUUUGAAAACAAUCUUGCAUAGAAUUUACGGGAAGUUCAUGGUUCAUCGACCGUUUAUCCGGAAAGCGGUUAACAAUAUCUUUUAUCAUUUCAUGUUCGAAAGUGAGAAACAUAACGGGAUUGCGCAAUUACUUGAGGUGUUAGGGAGUAUCGUUAACGGGUUUGCUUUGCCGUUGAAGGAUGAACAUAAGCUUUUUCUUGCUCACGUGUUGAUCCCGCUUCAUAAGCCGAAAUGUUUGUCGAUGUAUCACCAGCAGCUCGUGUAUUGUGUUUGUCAGUUUGUCGAAAAAGAUGCGAAAUUGGCGGAUACUGUUGUUCGGGGGUUGCUCAAGUAUUGGCCGGUAACUAGUAGUUCGAAAGAGGUCAUGUUUCUUGGUGAAUUGGAGGAAAUUCUUGAAGUUACACAAGCUGCGGAGUUCGAAAAGUUUAUGGCCCCUUUGUUCGGUCGAAUCGGUCAAUGCAUCAACAGUUCACAUUUUCAGGUGGCAGAACGCGCGUUGUUCUUGUGGAAUAACGAACACAUAAGGAAUCUAACGACUCAAAACCGCAAAGUGAUUCUUCCCAUCAUCUUCUCUCCCUUGGAGAAAAACACGCACGGUCAUUGGAACCAAGCUGUUCAAAGCCUAACCUUAAACGUCAGAAAAAUAUUCUCAGACGCCGAUCAGUCAACGUUCCAAGAUUGUCUGGUCAAAUACCAAGAAGACGAAACCAAAGAGAAAGAAAACAUCGCAAAACGACAGUCAACAUGGAACCGCCUAGAUGCUAUGGCAGUCGCCAAAACCAAGCCUAUGGUCGUCUCAACGUCUGCCACUAUCACCACCACCGUUGCCACCAGCACCACCGCCGAAACCGCCUCCACCGUUAAGCAAAGUACUGGUGGCAGGUAAAUAACUUAAAAAACAACUAGAGUAAAUUGCCAAAAUCGUCCCUGAGGUUUGGGCAUGUUUGCCAUUUUCAUCCAAAACAAUUUUUUUGUACAAUAUAGUCCUUCACUUUUGGGAUUUUUUUGCCAUUUUCAUCCAAACAUCUAAUUUGCUUUAUUUUUUCUAGAGUUAAAUGUCAUUUUGGUCCCUGUGGUUUGGGUCAUUUUGCCAGUUUAGUCCAAAGGUUGAAACGUUGCCAUUUUAGUCCAAAUAGUUUCAAGCGUUGCCAUUUUAGUCCACUUGGUUAACUCCGUCCAUUUUUUUAUGUUAGCUAGAAGGAUAAUUCGACCAUUUUAUAUUGUCGAAUUGCCUUUCUAGUUUAAAGAAUUACAUUUAAAAUGACCGAAAUGUCCUUCUAGUUAACAAAAUAAAGGGAUGGAGUUAACCCAGUGGACUAAAAUGGCAACGUUUAAAACUAUUUGGACUAAUAUGGCAACGUUUCAAACCUUUGGACUAAACUGACAAAAUAACCCAAAAUACAGGGACUAAAAUGACAUUUAACUCUUUUUUCUAUCAAACAUUUGGAUAAAAAUGGCAAAAAAUCCCAAAUCUCAGGGACGAUUUUGGCAAAAAAAGUCAGACGUUUGAAUGAAAAUGGCAAAAAAACCAAAAAAUGAAAGACUAGAUGGUACAGAAAAGCUGUUUUGGAUGAAAAUAGCAAACAUGCCCAAACCUCAGGGACGAUUUUGGCAAUUUACUCAAAAAAUAUCACCCAUCUGUUAUUGACCCAUUGGUCAAAGAUGACUUGGGGAUAGAAACUAAGGUUUUGCUCUGUGUAUCUUAUUUUCUUUUGGUUUGGAUUUAUUCCAUUUUCUGUUGUAUCAUAAUGUUUUUUUUGUGAUAUAAAAUUGUUGUUGAGAUGAGAUA